AUGUGGGUAUUCAAAUUGUCACAGUAUCUUUUCUUGCUUAAUCUGUGCGCAUCGAACACUUUGCACAAAAGUUUAUUUUCAUCAGAAAAAAAUUAUCAAUUGCAAAAGCUCGUGAAAGUACUGAUAGAAGAAGUUGCCGAUGAUAGUCAAUGCCUCGUAACUAUUCUAGACACUUAUUAUCGGCGUCGAGUUGAUUUAGCGCAAAUAGAAACGUUCAAAUUUCUGCCGACUUAUCGGAUUUACGUUCGAGAAAACGACGAAUUCACACCGCCCCGUCAGAGAAUAAAACGGAUCUUGGAGGAGACUACCUAUCUCAGCUGCGAUGUUUAUCUCAUCCUGAUAUCAAAUGGAUUACAAGUUGCUAAUUUUCUUCGUUAUACCGAGGAGGAAAGACUCAUCAACACUCGGGGCAAAUUUAUUUUCAUGUACGAUUUUCAAAUUUUCCACGUCGAUAUGCGCUACUUGUGGAAUAGGUUGAUCAAUUCGAUUUUUAUACGCCACAACUUCAAACUCAAGAGGCGCUUGGCUGGUGAUAAACAAUUACAAAAAUACGAAUGGUACGAUCUCAAUAUCAUCAUGUUUCCAGCUCAGACCAAAGGUUUCGUUGUUACCCGAUAUAUCGAUACGUGGCAUGAAAAUCGAUUUCGCCAUGGUGUUGGACAUUUUACCUCAAAAAUACACGACCUCAAAGGAAAGAAAUUACAGAUUGCCGUGUUUGAGCAUGUUCCUGCCGUCACAGAGGAUGCCAAAAUGUUCUUCGACAAUCAAAGCGACAUAGAGAAAAACUUGAAUCCACUCGGGGUCGAAUUCGAAAUGAUCCUGAUAAUUGCUAAAGUACUUAAUUUCAAGCCUACUUUCUAUCAACCUGAAAAUGUGCAAAGUGAUCGUUGGGGUAUGUCAAAAAACGACACUUUUACUGGUCUUUUGGGAGAAGCUAUGGACGUCGCAGCAACGUUUUAUCUUGGAGAUUUUUACUAUAAUUUACGACAUUUGCAAAUACUCGAUCUUUCAUGGCCUUACAAUACAGAAUGUUUGACAUUUUUGACCCUUGAAUCUCUCACCGAAAAUUCCUGGAAACUUCUUAUUCUAUCUUUUAGAUUGUACUCUUGGUUAACUGUUAUUUUAACUUUACUAUUGGCUGGUUUUAUUUCUUUUAUGAUUGCACAAAUUUACAAACGUUACAUUGGUACAGAUGAAAAUUAUAACAAUGAAUAUACAAAUACUCAAAUUUUAUUGCAAUCAAAAAAGUUGAGAGUUGCACAGAAACCCAUUCCUGCAAUAAGAGGGUGGAAAGGAUUGUAUUUAUUUGAAGAUGCCCAAAAUAGUAUUUUAUACACUUACAGCAUGUUAUUGCAAGUUUCUUUACCUAAACUACCUGAGGUAUGGUCACUAAGAAUAUUCAUAGGUGUAUGGUGGCUGUACACAAUUUUAAUAACUACUUUUUAUAAAGCUAGUAUGACAGCCUCCUUAGCUAAUUCUGUAAAAAGAGAAACUAUUGAUACUAUUGCACAAUUAGUUAAAAGUGAAGUAAAUGUUGGCAGCUGGAAUGAGGAAACAAAAGAAUUUUUUGUAAAUUCCUCUGACAUUAAUUUAAAGAUUUUAAGUAAUAGAUAUGUUGUAGUAUCAGAUGAACAAGAUGCAGUAGCUGCUGUUGUUAAUGGGAGUUUGUGUUAUUACGAAAAUUCCCAUGUGUUAGUUCGUGAAAGAGUAAAGAGACAAAUACUGGAAGAUGAAAAAUCAAAGGACAGUACUACAGUUAGUCAGAAAAAAAUUUCAGAACAUAAUUUACACGUCAUGGAAGAAUGUGUUGUCAAUAUGCCUAUUUCUUUAGGAAUGGAUAAGAAUUCUCCUUUGAAAUUUAAAGUUGAUGAAAUAGUGAAACGAAUCAUUGAAGCUGGAUUAGUUGAAAAGUGGAUUAACGACAUUACUCAGCAAUCUAAAACUUUAGAAUUGAAACAAGAAGGAAAUGCUCCUAAAGCAUUUAUAGAUAUUAGUAAACUUCAAGGUGCUGCUGUUGCUUUAGGCAUUGGUUAUUUUACAGGCGCAUUGGCUCUUGGUGGAGAAUUAUUCUAUUGGAAAAAGUUUGUUAUUAAAAAUCCUAACUUUAGUAAGUAUCGUAUGGAUGUAUUCUACAAAAAAACAUAAAAUGUUAAGGGACCCAGUUACUCUAACUUCUGUAAAUAAUCGAUUUUUAACAGUACCAUAAGUUUCGACUCUAAUAAAAACAAUACAAGCAAUACGUCAUAAACAAUAUCAAUACUAGUUUCUUUCUCUUCAGUAAAUAUGAAAUGUAAAAGACUAAAGCAUGGCAUCAAAGUAAC